AUGGCUCCCACCAGCACAUCAAGGAGCUCCCUCCCAUGCGGAUCCCGACGGAGGCGGCUUGUUUUGAAACAAACGCAGCAAGGGGCUCUGCAAGCAUUGUUCCAGCAGAACCCAUACCCAGGCAUCGCCACCAGAGAAAGACUGGCCCGAGAGCUAGACAUUCCAGAAUCCAGGAUCCAGGUGUGGUUCCAGAACCAGCGAACAAGACAGCUAAGACAGAGCCGACUGGGGUCUGCCAAAUCCCACAGGGAAGGGCCAUCACAUGGACAGGAACAGCCUCCAGAAGGCAGGAGAAAACGGACAUCCAUUUCUCCAUCCCAAACCAGAAUCCUCCUUCAAGCCUUUGAGAAGAACCACUUUCCGAACAUUGCUACCAGGGAACACCUGGCCAGACUCACAGGUCUUCCAGAAUCCCGCAUUCAGGUCUGGUUCCAGAACAGAAGAGCUCGGCACCCAGGGCAGAGCAGAAGUGGCCCCAUGAAGGACCUGGAAGCACACCCCAAACCCAGUCCUCAUGUGACAGUCCCAGGGGAACCAGGCCCCCUGGCUGGUGUCCCCAUAAGCUCUCCUCAAAUGGCUCUGUCCAAUCCUCUGGGAAGCAGGCAGGCCCUUGCUGCAGGGACACCUCCCAUUCCCUGCAUGGGCUUUGCCCCUCCAGCUUUCUGUGGGGGCCCUGGGAGCCAGGCCCCGGGGGCCACGAUGGUCCCGCCCACCCAAGGUGGGCAGGGAGGAAACAACUUUCCUGCUGCUGAAGGCCUGAGGAACCGUUCCUUGACAGGACCGACUCUGGGAGGGUGUCUCCCCACUCGACACACUCUUCUUUGCCCCCCGUCUCAAGGGGAAUACCAGCAGCAACAUGAGCACCCUGGCACGGCACCCCUGCCCUUCCAAGACUACCCCCAGCCUCCAGCUGACCAUCCUUGCCAACACUUGCAGGAGGCAGGGCCCUCCGGGAGCAACUGCACCGCACAGCGCUGGAGCGAUGGGUCCCAGCUUGUCAUCGGCACAGGACAGACUCAGGAUGAGGCAGUUCUGCAGCCUGCACAUGCUGAGACCCCUGGCUGGCAGCAGCAGGCACAUCCUACUGCAGGGCUGUCGGCUGUGCUCAACUCACAGCACCAACCCUCUGCAGAAGCCUCAAGUUUUUUAGAGGAACUUUUCUCAGCCGCAGAGAUGGAAGAAGACACACACCCUUUUCUGAGUGGACGUCUGCCACAAGAGGACGCUCCGGGACCCCUGGAAGCACCUCUCAGCGAGGAGGAGUUUCAGGCCCUGCUGGCCAUGCUGCAUGACUCUACAUGGCCUCAGGACUAG